GCGUGAACGACUUCCGGUGGUUCGCCAUUUUCGGCUUUUUGACAGAGCUCCGGGUUUUUCUAUUCUCCUGUUCCCGGAUCCGGUGCUUCCUUAUUUGUUUGUAAAAACAUAAACACUUGUUUUAUUUAUAGAGAGAAACAUAAUUUCCGGUCCGUGGAUUCGUUUAAAAUCUUUAGUUUGUAUUUCGACAGAUUUAACUAGCGGCUUUGUUUAGUAAAGGGAGUUAGCAUAGCGUUUAGCUUAGCAUUUCCCAUUAGCGUUAAAGUUAAUCUAAAUGAAAGUAAACGAUAAAGUGGUUUAUUUGUGUUCGGUUAGUUAUAUAACUGUGUGGUUUGGUCAUUGAUUUAGUGUUAGUGCGCGUUGUUUGUGUGAUACUCAGGGUUGUGCGUGUGUGCGUGUGUGUAUGUGCGUGUGUGUGCGUGCGUGCGCGCGCGCGUGCUUCGAACCUCCGUCAAACUUGAUUGUACAAAACGGAGCAGUUUGGUGAACCCAGUAUGAGUUAUAAACCCAUCGCUCCAGCUCCUGCAGGAUCCAAUCACACACCACCAGGGUCUUGCGGCUCGUCUCCGUCUCUGCCCUCUGCCUCCACCUUCAGACCGGCAUUCAGCGAUUUUGGUCCACCAUCUAUGGGCUUCGUACAGCCAGUGAAAGUGUCUCAGGGCUCCACCUACAGCGAGCUGCUGUCCGUUAUAGAGGAGAUGAGUCGAGAAAUCAGACCCACCUACGCCGGCAGUAAAAGUGCCAUGGAGAGACUGAAGAGAGGAAUCAUCCACGCCCGAGCUCUAGUGAGAGAGUGUCUAGCUGAGACCGAGCGCAGCGCUCGCACAUAACACACAUCCACACCUCUCUGUAUACUCUAUUACUGUCUCUCUCUUACAUACACACACACACACACACACACACACACACACACUUCUGUUCUACAAUCAUUACUUUUGUAAUUUCAAACUUUUUGCAGUUCUGUAUUUAAAUGCAAAAAAAAAAAAAAAAAAAUCCCAAAUAAAAACCCGGUUUUGCAAUUAA